CACAAUGCUCAAAUGUUUUGCGGCUCCAGACAGAUUUUUUAUUUUGUGUUUAUUUGUUUUGCCUAAAAUGUCUCUUUAGACAGUAAAGCUUGCUGACUCCUGCUUUAGGCUAAUUGUUAUUAAUCCACUCUUAGCUAUAGUUUUUUUUUUCCAUGCUGCCUUUCGCCUCGAGGCACCUAAAAUCUCGUGUUAACGCGCAUGAGUGGUACCGUUCCCUCGGCGCGUGCCAGCGGUGUGGCAGUGAGCGGGUUAAAGCAGACAGAGAGACAGAGACUGUCCUAUCAGUGGUCUACGGUGCAGUCCCAGCCCACCGCCUCCGUCCUCCUCCUGCCUCCUCCGUCCCCCCGGAGAGAGACCACGGAGCUGGGCUUGUGUGAGGAGUGAGUGUGAGCGGCUGUUUGACACACUCCCACGAGAGAAACGGCCAAUUCUCACCGAGACUAGCUGCUCUCUUCUCGGGCUGUAGAGUUAGUUGAACAGCGCUGAGGAUAUUUAGACUAAAGAGCCGAACGGAUUCUUUCUUUUUUCCUCUCGGAGCGCCGCGUGCUGCAGAUCCCUACCGGCGAUAAAAAGCGCAGAGCACCGGAGACACAACACACGAGGAGUGACCGUGUUCUUGCCAGGCCCGCUGGGAGAGGACCAUGGCCCUGAGCGAUGCAAGUGUCGACCCCCUGGCCCUCAGCAAUGGAGGGCACCAUUCUCUCAGCGCCAACGGAAACGCCCCUUCAGACAGCAGCACACCGGUCAGCGACGGCCAGGACCCUCUCACGGCGACCUCCAGCGGAGACGAAGACGUUCUAGUAAAGGACGCGGCGUCUAAAGUGGAGCAGAGAUCGUCGCGUGUUGUCCAGAGGACGAACAGGCCGAGCCAAAACGGCGGCGUGGUCAAACAGAACGGCUCCCUGAGGAACUCCCCCGCCGUCACAGACUCCCAGAGGCCGGCCGGACGCCACCUCUCCCCGUCCUCGUCCUCCCCUUCUCUCCAGCCUCCCCCGCCGGCGCUCUGCUGCCAGCACUGUCGCUUCCACUCCGCCCCGUGCUGCCCCUGCGGACAGCAGGAGUGCCCGCUCUUCCAGAACCCGGUCACAGGCCCGGCCCCUGGCUCCAUCCCCCACCCCGGGACCGCUCCGUCCUGCCCGUGCUGUCUCUCCGCCUGCACAUACUCUCAUCCGCAUCCCCAUCCUCCUCACCCAUCCUCCGCUCUCUGUCUCCAGCACCACCACCAUCACCAGCGCUGGCAGGAGCACCUCCAGAACCAGACGCCUGGAAUCAGCCCUGCGAGGCCCUUUCGAUUCCCCAAAAGCUAUGCCGAGCUGAUAGCUGAUUGGCCAGUGGUGGUGCUGGGGGUGUGCACAGUGCUCAUCGUGGUGUGUGCCCUCGUGGGCAUCCUGGUGCCUGACCUGCCGGAUUUCUCUGACCCACUGCUGGGUUUUGAGCCACGGGGAACAGCCAUCGGGCAGCGACUGGUCACAUGGAACAACAUGGUGAAGAACACAGGCUACAAAGCCACACUGGCCAACUACCCCUUCAAAUACGCUGAUGAGCAGGCCAAAAAUCACCAGGAGCCCAGGUGGCCCGAGGACCACUUCGAUAGAGACAAACGGCACGCAGAGUGGGACUUCAGUAAAGAGUUCUUCUGUGAUGUUCCAGGUGACAGCUACUCCAGACUGGUGUUCACAUCAGCUGAGGGGAAGAACCUGUGGAGCAUUCAGGCCAUCAAAUCCAUGUGCAAUCUGGACAACACAAGGGUGCGCUCCCAUCGUGACUACUGGAGUCUUUGUCAGCGUACAAACGACGCCUCCUGUUGCCCCAGCUGGACGCUCGGUAACUACAUCGCCGUCCUCACCAACCACUCGUCCUGCCAGAAGAUCACGGAGCGCGACGUCUCGCACACGCUCAAGAUCCUGCGCUCGUGCGCCAAGUACUACCACAACGGCACGCUGGCAUCCGACUGCUGGGACAUGGCUCUGCGGCGGAAGGACCAGCUCAAGUGUGCCGGCGUGCCGCGGAAAUGCGCCAAGUACAAUGCCGUCUACCAAAUCCUUCACUUCCUGGUGGACAAAGACUUCCUCAGUCCCAAGAGCCUGGAGCUUCCUCCACCCGUGCUCAAACACAGCAUGCUCUUCUCCCCCACGGAGAAGGGAGAGUCCAUGAUGAACAUUUACUUGGACAAUUUCGAGAACUGGAACUCAUCGGACGGCAUCACCACGGUCACGGGCAUCGAGUUUGGCAUCAAACACGACCUCUUUCAGGACUACCUCCUCACGGACACGGUGUAUCCCGCCAUAGCCAUAGUGAUCGUCCUGCUGGUCAUGUGCGUGUACACGCGCUCCGUUUUCAUCACCCUGAUGACGAUAAUAGCCAUCAUCAGCUCGCUGAUCGUGUCUUACUUCCUUUACCGAAUGGUCUUCAACUUUGAGUUCUUCCCCUUCAUGAACCUCACGGCGCUCAUCAUCCUGGUCGGCAUCGGCGCGGACGACGCCUUCGUGCUUUGCGACGUGUGGAACUACACCAAGAUUGACAAGCCGCACGUCGAGCUGGCGGAGACGGUCGGCGUGACCCUACAACACGCUGCGCUGUCUAUGUUCGUCACCAGCUUCACCACCGCUGCUGCUUUUUACGCCAAUUACGUCAGCAACAUCACCGCCAUACGCUGUUUCGGCGUCUACGCGGGCACCGCCAUAUUGGUGAACUAUAUUCUCAUGGUGACGUGGCUUCCAGCCGUGGUGGUGCUACACGAACGCUACCUGCCCAGCAUGUUCCCCUGCUCCAAGCAGCCCCAGCACCAGCACCAGCAAACUGGUUACUGCACCUGGAUGUUCUGGGCCGGUCUUUGUCAGAAGGCCAACAAAUGCCUGUUCACCGUCUCCGAGGCGUCUCGGAUCUUCUUCGAGAAGGUGCUGCCCUGCAUCGUCAUCAAACUGCGCUACCUAUGGCUCUUCUGGUUCCUCGCCAUCACGGUGGGCGGGGCCUACGUGGUCUGCGUCAACCCGAAGAUCAAGCUGCCGUCCCUGGAACUGGCGGAGUUUCAGGUGUUCCGCUCCUCGCACCCGUUCGAGCGCUACGACGCGGAGUACAAGAAGCUGUUCAUGUUCGAGAGGGUCCACCACGGCGAGGACCUCCACAUGCCCAUCACCAUCAUCUGGGGUGUGAUGCCCGUGGAUAACGGGGACCCCCUGAACCCCAAGAACAAGGGCAAGCUGAUGCUGGAUAGCACCUUCAACAUCGCCAGUCCGGCGUCUCAGCUGUGGAUCCUCAACUUCUGCCAGAAGCUGAGAAAUCAGAGCUUCGUCUUUCAGUCAGAGGAGCAGGACUUCACCAGCUGCUUCAUCGAGACAUUCAAACAGUGGAUGGAGAACCAAGACUGUGAGGAGGCUUCCGUCUACCCCUGCUGCAGCCAGUCCACCUUCCCCUACAAGCAGGAAGUCUUUGAGUUGUGCAUCAAGAGAGCCAUCAUGGAGCUGGACCGAAGUACUAACUACCAUCUGGACAGCAAGACGCCCGGACCUCGAUUCGACAUCAAUGACACCAUCAGAGCCAUAGUGUUGGAGUUCAAGAGUACCUACCUCUUCACCCUGGCCUACGAGAAGAUGUACCAGUUCUACCGGGAGGUGGACCUCUGGAUCGACGAGGAGUUACGGUACGCCCCGGCAGGCCUCAGCCACGGCUGGUUCAUCAGCAACCUGGAGUUCUACGACCUCCAGGACAGCCUGUCGGACGGCACUCUAGUUGCCAUGGCGCUGUCGGUGGCCGUGGCUUUCAGCGUUAUGCUGCUGACCACCUGGAACGUCAUCAUCAGCCUGUACGCCAUCCUGUCCAUCGCCGGCACCAUCUUCGUCACGGUGGGCUCCCUGGUGCUCCUGGGUUGGGAGCUGAACGUCUUGGAGUCCGUCACCAUUUCCGUGGCUGUGGGGCUCUCCGUGGACUUCGCCGUCCACUACGGCGUGGCCUACCGGCUCGCCCCCGAGCCCGACCGCGAGGGGAAGGUGAUUUUCUCCCUCAGCCGCAUGGGCUCCGCCAUCGCCAUGGCGGCGCUGACCACCUUCGUCGCCGGGGCCAUGAUGAUGCCCUCGACCGUGUUGGCCUACACCCAGCUGGGCACGUUCAUGAUGCUGAUCAUGUGCAUCAGCUGGGCGUUCGCCACCUUCUUCUUUCAGUGCAUGUGCCGCUGCCUGGGACCCCAAGGGACCUGUGGCCAGAUCCCGCUGCCCAAAAAGUGUCAGGUGUUCUCAGAGGUCACGUCCCCGAGCCCCUCGCCUCAAGGGAAGGGCUCCGGCCUCGGGAAGUACCAGCUGGACAGCAGGGGCGGGGAGGUGGAGCAUUACGAGUUGGAGCCAUUGGCAUCCAGUCAGAAAACUGAAGAUAAACCCAGAGAGGAGCAGGAGGUGUGCGCUCAACUUUACAACGGGAUCCCUCCUCACCACCACACCGCUCCUUAUUCACACAUCCAUUACAAGAGCAAAACGGAGGCCGACAGAACUGGCCCUGAGAACGGCCUCGUAGAACGGCUGAGCACACCGCCCAGGUGCCAGUAUUCUCAAAACACUAACUGCACAUGUGGGGACCCUCCUCCUCCUCCUCACCACCUGUCUCAGCAGUGGACCCCCCACUCCUGCACUCAGCCUCCCCAGGACCCUCCUACCUGCCCUCCCACCCCUCAGCUCUUUCCGCUCUCAGGAAACGCCCCAAGCAAACCGAACGCAGCCCUGGACCCAGUCUACGCGCACAUGGAGUGCCGCAUGCACUACGUCCACUGCCCCCCUGCCCAUUUCCACCACUGCUCCCAGGGAAGAGUAGUGGCCCGCAGCAGGCAAGGACCUGCCCACAGCUGCCAUCUCAGGAAGUACUGUGUCCACACCGCGAGCCUGCAGGCUGGUUCAGCCAGAGAGCAGAGACCCGCGACGACCGCGGCUCCGAACCAGGACGGCGGCCCAGCUCCCGGCUCGGAGCCCGCGGGGCAAGAGGUAGACCACAGACAUGAAACGAGGCCCUCGAGCCCCGACAGUAGCCAAAUUAUCAGCACCCCGGCCCAGACUCAAUGCCCUCCCCCCUCACUGGGCUCGCCGCACACAACUAGUCACGAAACACAGAAGGGAAGGGACAGCGACAACCACGCGUCCACCACAACCACAGAUACAACAACGCAACCAGACACUUGUAAAAUCCCUGGCAACCAGGAGAAGCUCAAAAGUAUUCCCGUCACACGGGAGGAAAACGUCAAAAAGUGCAACUCCAAAAGAGAGCGGGCAUCCUCCGCCUCGCCAAAGAAACUCUACUGUUUUAGCAGGACGUUGAAAGUGAAGUGCAAUUCAGCUUCAGAGUUUAAUGUGCCAAAAACUGAAACCAGCGUGCCUCCUAUUGCAAUAAACACCAAUCCUUCUUCUGAAAGCUUAUGCUGAUGAUGAAUUGGUAUUUUAAUAAAAAACCUCAAUCCAGAACAAACAGCAAAUGUCCAAAAAAAAAAGUAAUGAUGCCUAAAAUGUGCAAUCAAACAAGGUUUGUGAUGCUGACCAAGUGCCUCAAAGUGUUUCAUCAAACAGCCACUAAAUAU